AUGACGCUUUCAAAGCAGAAGAGGGCCCGGCCUACCAUCGAGCCCAUCAAGACCAAUGCCAUCGCCCUGCAGAGCCUGCCCAAGAGGGUCUUGACGCCGUUGCGAUGCAGCCUGUGCACCGCGUCUCCGAGCUCGUCCCGGAUUCUACUCGAGAUUGCGUCUCCGCUGGAUGCGAGCCGCCCUGGCUCGACAACCGAGGCCAGAUUCGGCAGCCUCAACUCAGCCGCGGCGGACCACUGCAUCACGCCUCUCUCUCUCGAUUCCGCAAAGGCCGAGCUGUCGCCGUCAGGCCCCGACAAGCAAGAGCGGCCAGAGGAGGCAUCUGGCGUCGAUUCGCCAACCGCAAAGACUGACGGGGCUUGCUGCGCUCGCUGCGGAGCGCCCUCAGGCCGCCGCCAGCCUUUAUCCGUCCUCACAGCCACGACGAGGAACCUGGUCCAGUUCCAGCGUUACCGCGAGAUCCUAUGGCGGCAAGGCCACAAGCAGUUUGGAAACGCCGGCCACGACGCGUGCUUCGUCGUGCCCGAGGAGAUUCGGCAACCACGCGUCGCCGGGCUCGGAGAGGGUCCGAAUGGAGCCCAAUCGCCCAUUGCGGAUGAGAGUCGCCUCCCGGUCCGAGCCGUGAUCCGUUCCAGAGACCGCAGACCGAUCAGCCUGAAGAGAGAGUUUGACCUGCGGGAGCUUCGAGCCACGAUUCCCGAGCCGAUUCCAUCUCCGCGGUCGCCCAACUUUGACCGCAGCUCGCUGCUAGCACCCUUCUCACCAAACGGCGGCGCCGCCCUGCUGUCGCCGGCAGCCGCAGCCUACACGGGCCCCGUGACCCGCCGGGCGAGCGCCGAACAGAGGAACCUGGAAGCUGCGGCGGCCUCUCCGUCGGGCGAGAGGCGGCGGAGCGCUGGACCACGACCUGUACCCAUCCACUUGCCCUACGCCCGCGCCCAACUGCCGGUGCUCGCGGCCAUCAUGCUGUCGGACCAGGUGCAGAGCGGCAGCACAAUCUACCUGCCCAUGCCACACCCAAAGGCGUGGGCGGAAACUGCGGCAUACGUCUACACCGGAGAGGAGCAGCUGCUGUCGAAGCAAGCCAAGGCCAACAUAUGGUACUUGGGCGGCAAGGUGUAG